GAAUGCCUAGUCUUAUCCAUUACAAUACCUUAGUUUCCUCUACCUCAUGAUGAUGUUCUCUAGUAUUACAAUAUUCCUUAUCGUCUUCUUCGUCACUCUCUUGUUCGUCAUCUUCUUGUCACUCAUAAGACACUUUAGAAAUGGUUCUUCGUCAGUUUACCAGAACCUUCCUCCUGGUCCGACGAGGCUGCCUCUUAUCGGCCACCUUCACUUGCUCGAUGACGACUUGCCUCACCGGACUUUUCAGAAGCUUUCAGCUCAACAUGGAUCUCUCAUGCACUUGCAGCUAGGUUCUGUGCCAACCUUGGUGGUCUCAUCCUCAGACAUGGCCAGAGACAUUUUCAAGAACCACGAUCUUGCUUUCUCUGGCAGGCCUGUGUUGUAUGCUGCUAAACGUCUCGCCUAUAAUUGCUCAACUCUGAGUUUGGCUCCUUAUGAUGACUACUGGAGGCAGAUGAGGAAGAUCGUGAUAUUGGAGCUUUUGAGUUCCCGGAGGGUUCAAGCUUUUCGAGCCGUGAGAUCUCAAGAGCUCAAGCUUUUACUUGACUCCAUAGCUGCUUCAGCUUCAUCAUCACCAUCAAGCUCUGUGAACUUAAGCGAGCUGACACUUCUGCUGAGUAACAAAAUUGUGUGUCGGAUUGCUUUUGGUGGUAAGAACAUGCAUGAGGAAGGAGAUGAUAAUGCAAGAAAGUUUCAUGAAAUGCUCAGAGAAACUCAGGAACUGUUAGGAGGAUUCUGUCUUGCUGAUUUCUUUCCAUGGUUGGGAUGGCUUAACAAGUUCAAUGGUCUGGAUCGAAGGAUUCAGAAGAACUUUAGAGAAUUGGAUGACUUCUUUAACACAGUGAUUAAUGAGCAUAGAGAUUCAGGUUAUACUAAGCAUGAAGCUGAUGAUAAUGAUGAUGACCUUGUUCAUGUGCUUAUUCAACUUCAGAAGGAUCUCAAUCAGCCAAUCUCCAUCACUGACGACCAAAUAAAAGGCGUGCUUUUGGACAUAUUUCUAGCUGGAACGGACACAUCUUCAGCUACACUGGUGUGGACAAUGGCUGAACUAAUCAAGAACCCAAAUUCAAUGAAGAAAGCACAGGAAGAGGUGAGAAAAUUUGCUAAAGGAAAACAAAUGAUAGAAGAGGAAGAGCUUGGAAGCCUCAUAUACCUCAAGUCAGUGGUGAAAGAGUCAUUGAGACUGCAUCCACCAGCACCAUUACUAGUACCAAGAGAAACCAGAGAGGCUUGCAAGAUCAAAGGGUUCGAUAUUCCGGCGAAAACCCGGGUUUUCGUUAAUGCAAAAUCCAUAGGGACCGAUCCAAAAGAGUGGGAGAAUCCAGAGGAGUUCAAGCCAGAGAGGUUUGUGGAUAGGUCUUCAGUGGAUUAUGGUUACGGUGGAGGACAACAAUUUGAGAUGAUGCCAUUUGGGGCAGGAAGAAGAGGAUGUCCAGGGAUCAGUUUUGCUAUGCCAAUGGUGGAGCUUACACUUGCAAAUCUUUUGCAUCGUUUUGAUUGGGAACUUCCAAGUGGGGUCAAGAGUCAUGAACUUGAUAUGCAAGAAGCAUUUGGAGUUACAAUGCACAAGAAAUCUCAUCUUUGCCUAAUCCCUCACCCUGUAUAUGCCUAGUUGUUGUUAUUUCCUUUAUUUCACUUUAAAACUUGAUUUA